AUGGGUAACAAAUCGUCAUUGUUGUUACGGGAGGAAGAAAUUGCGCAAAUACAAGAAGAAACUGGUUUUACACCAAACCAGAUAGAGCGGCUUUACUCACGAUUUACGUCUCUGGAUAAAAACGACUGCGGUACUCUCUCACGUGAAGAUUUCCUCAGAAUACCAGAAUUGGCUAUCAAUCCAUUAAGCGAGAGGAUAGUUCACUCGUUUUUUGCUGACAGCACCGACGACAGAGUCAACUUUCUACAGUUUAUGAGAGUAUUGUCACAUUUCAGACCUAUUAGGAAGAAUAGGGAGAACAGGCUGAACAGCAGGGAAGAAAAAUUAAGAUUUGCAUUCUCAAUGUAUGAUCUUGACAAUGAUGGCAAGAUAUCGAGAGACGAACUGUUGGCUAUCUUACACAUGAUGGUUGGUGUUAAUAUAAGCGAGGAACAGUUAUCUAGUAUUGCUGAAAGAACUAUAUUGGAAGCCGAUACAAAUAAUGAUCAAAUGAUUUCAUUUGAAGAGUUCUGCCGAGCACUCGAAAGGACCGAUGUUGAACAGAAAAUGUCUAUACGAUUCCUGAAUUGA